AUGAUGCGCAUGGGGUCGUGGCUUGGGGGCAAGCAAAAACCCAAUGCAUCGACCCAGUCACUUACGGCUCUAGAUGAGCCAGAGCACUUGGAGCAUGCUAUGCGGGCCGUGACCUGGAUCAUCAAUGACGAUGUCGAUAAAGCGGAAGCCGGAUUAAAUGAAGAGAGCUCCGCAUUUCACAAACUCGGAAAAGGAGUAGUCACAUUCCUCAAGGCUACACUUGGCUUCGAACAAGAUGUCAUGCGAGAAGCCCAAGAGCGACUUUCCGAUGCCGAAAAUGCGGCGUGGCAUGAACAACGCCACGCACAACGUGACCCUGGAUCAUACCAUUCAUCUAUUUAUCCUGCCGGCACUGAGUAUGCAUUAUGCCAAUCGGAAGCGCAGCUGAUGAGUGCGGUGGUCGGCGUCUUGAAUGAAAGUUUGACGGAGAGCAUAAAGGGCUUCUACAAAUUGCGGAAAGCAUACAUAACCUUGGAAAGCAUCCUUGCUGUUGAAAGUGGGUUUGCAAAGGGGAAAACUGUUACGACCCUGGGUAAUGCUUCCUCGGCUUCUAUACACUCCAACCGGACCGGUGGCUCUAUCAAAUCCGCCAAGUCAAUAAAGAAUAUUCCUAAGUCUCUCGUUCAGAAAGGCGGUCAUUCGGCUGAACAAGCUUCCAUGGCAUCGUCAGUGCAGACAGAUGAAACUGUACUCAAUGGAAGUGUUGCUCAGACCGACCAUGCUUCCUUAGGUUCUCCACCUCCAUAUUCACAUCCAGAAGACGAUGAUGUGGAUGAUUUCUUUGAUGCGGAUGAGACAAAAGAAGGCGGCGCGACACCGCAGGACUAUGAAGGGCAUCUUGAAAUCAAAGAUACGGCCGCGAAAAUGGAGAAAAUCACAAUAGAUACUCAGUCGACCAACAAAGGUCCCGCUACGUCUUCAGCCUCCCAGCUUCAAUCGCCCAGCUCCAUUGUCGCGCAAGAUGAAAGUAGCGCGGAUCCGGAUGACUUCUCUAAUCCCAUUGACAUUUUUGUGCACUCAGGGUCAAACCUUUGCUUUGGCCUGCUAUUACUUCUGCUUUCUAUCAUCCCCCCUGCUUUCGGAAAGCUCCUUUCUAUCAUUGGGUUCAGAGGCGAUAGAGAAAAGGGAGUGAAGCUUCUAUGGCAAGCCACAAAAUAUAACAACAUUCAUGGUGCCAUGGCCGGUAUUGUUAUUUUGGGAUAUUAUAAUGGGCUCGUCUCAUUUUGCGACAUUAUCCCCGAUACCACUCCAGAAGGAGUUGGUGGCUAUCCAAAGCAGCGCUGCGAGGAUCUCCUCGCUGAGAUGCGUCGAAGAUAUCCGCAAAGUCAUCUGUGGCUGCUCGAAGAAGCCAGGAUGCAAGCCGCCAACAAGCACCUUGAAAAGGCAGUCAAUCUGCUGUCCCAAGAUAAAAAGAGUAUGCUGAAGCAAGUGGAGGCACUGGAAAUGUUUGAAAAGAGCUUGAAUGCCAUGUACUUGCAUCGAUAUGAGCUCUGUGCCGAGUCAUUCUUGAAGUGCAUCACGCUUAACAAUUGGUCCCACGGAUUAUAUUACUUUAUCGCCGGUUCUUGCUACGUGGAACUCUACCGCCAGUGCAAAUCCAUAGACGAGAAACAAGCGGCACUUCAUGCUCACAAGGCCGAAAAAUACCUCAAAACAGCAACCAAACACACAGGCAAAAAGAGGUUCAUGGCUCGGCAACUACCCUUCGACGAGUAUGUUGCUCGAAAGAUUCGCAAGUGGGAGCAGCGCUCGCUUGACUGGAAAAUAUCAUUUAUUGAUGCUAUUGGCGUUUCUCCCAUUGAGGAGAUGAAUUAUCUAUGGAAUGGCUAUAAACGGAUGACAGCGGCACACCUUGAAAAGUCCGAAGCUGCCCUUGCUUGGUUUACUUCGUCUGAGAAUUCCAAUUACAGCCGCGAAUCUCAGGAUGAACUGGGUAUUGCGUCACUACUAGAAGCCGCCAUCCUGCGAUACAAAGGCAAAAAUGGCGAAGCCCGAAAAUUGUUGCAAGACAAUGUUCUCUUCCACGACAGGUCCCUGUUCAAGGGCCACAACCGUGACGAUUGGGUUUUACCCACGGCUCAUUACGAGAUGGCCGUUACUUACUGGCAGGAUCGAGAUGGCACAGCCGCUGACAAGGACCGAUUGAACGAGUGCAGUUUCUGGCUCGAAAAGGUGGCUCAUUGGGAGAGCUUCGGACUUGAUGCCCGAAUUGGGCUCAAGGUGACGACAGCGCAGGAAACGUUGAAAUCAAUGGCGGCUAGGUCAUCGCCAUCAUCAUCCCCAUCAUCCUCAUAA